UUUCUAUUAUUGAAACGCCGAUAUAAAUUUGAUUCAUAUGUUUAAAUCAUCAAAAAAAAAAAAAAAAUUUGUCAUUAAAAAUUAUUUAAGUGGCGUCGUAAUUAUUUUUUAUUAAUUAGUGUUAAUAAGUCUACAAGCUCUGCCAGUGAUAGUGGCUCAAUAACUAAAAUUAAUUUUUUUUCUUUGUUUAUUAAACACACCAUUGUUUAAAAAGGACUGAUGGCAACGGUCAAUUGAUGACAAAUAAAAUAAAAACAAAAAUAAAAUGGACUUUUCAGUCUUAGGUCACUAUGAUCCAUCAUUAGACGCAACUGCCGCUGUUGUUGAACAAGAUUUAUUGUGGCAGGAUCAAAAUUAUGAAUUACCUGGAAAUGGAUUUGUGCCUACAUCAGAGCAAUUUGGUGAAGAAUUUUCAGGAGCCGAAUAUCAGGAGACACGAACAUUUUUGGCUGAUGGAGGAGAUAGAUUUGGAGUGUCUACUAUUUCUUUUGAUUCAGUGGAAGAACUUUUAUGGAUGGGGAAUCAAGGGGGUCACGUAACAUCAUAUUAUGGGUCUAAUUUACAAAAAUAUACCUCAUUUCAAGUGCAUGCAACACAAGAAAUUCGUCAAAUUCAUCCUGUUGAUGAGGGAAUUUUAGCAUUAACACAAAGUAUGUUGCGUUGUCAGCUGCGACGUGGUAUUCCAAUAUUUACUCAUACAUCGACAAAUAUGAUUGAUAUGCAGUGUAUAUUACAAAUUUCUCCCACAAGAUUAUUAAUGGGUGGUCAUCAGGAUAAACUUAUUGAUUUUAAUCUCACUAGAGGAAAAGAAACUGGAUUAGUCAAUGUAGGUGAGAGUGGUUGUGCAAUAUUGAGACAGCAUAACAGACUUAUAUGCGCUGGUAAUCCUGCAGGCAGGAUUGAUCUCAGGGAUCCUAAUACUUUGUCGAUAGAACAUACACUUGAUACUCAUAGUGGUUCUUUAAGUGAUUUUGAUGUACAAGGAAAUUAUCUUGUUACUUGUGGAUUCAGUAAUAGCCUUCAAGGAAUGUCUGUUGAUCGUUUUUUGAUGGCAUAUGAUUUGAGACAAAUGAGAGCAUUGAGUCCUGUUCAAACUAUGGUUUUUCCAUUUUUACUCAAAUUUUUACCGAGCUAUUCCAGUCGUAUUGCUGUUGUGUCACCACUUGGACAAAUGCAAUUGCUUGACACUAUUUAUGCGAAUGUGCAACCAUCAGUGACUUGUUUAUAUCAGGUUGCCACUGGAGGGGCAAUGAUAUUAUCUUUCGAUGUUUCUCCCACAUCGCAAUGUCUUUCAUUCGGCGAUUCUGUGGGUUCAAUUCAUCUUAUGUCGACAAAUAAUCCAGAGCCUCAAUUUAACACAUUCUCAAGACCUACUGAAUUUGCUGAUCCAGUUGAAACACUACAGCCUUUUUCAUUUGACGAUAAUGAAACACCAUUAAGUUCUAUUCCAAUGAUGUACACUGGUCAAACACUUUUUAGCGAUUGGCCUGAGGAAUUUAUUAAACAAGUAUACAGAAAAUCACCGCAGAUUGAUCAAGAAAUUUUGAAAACAAUGAAAAUGCAAGGACCCAUUGGUUAUGCGCCGAAUCCUCAAUCAUUUCGGAGAAAUCAAAUUCCAUAUAAUUUGGAAAAGCGGCGAGGUAUAGUCACAAAAUUAUUUGGCAAUGAUUCACGAGCUAAAAUGGAUGAUGGAACAUUUGUGGCUAUACCAAAACGAUAUCGUAAAACAGAAGUAAAAUAUUCAUUAAAAUAUUAUUACGAUGAAUUUGAUUUUGAACAAUAUAAUCGAUCGAAUUUUUGUGGAUUGGAAUCAACACUUCCAAAUAGUUAUUGUAAUUCAAUGCUUCAAAUGCUUUAUUAUUGUGAACCAGUGAGAAUAUCGUUGCUUUCGCAUUUAUGUCAGAGAGAAUUUUGUCUUUCUUGUGAAAUGGGUUUUCUCUUUCAUAUGUUGGAUACUUCAAAAGGAAUUCCUUGUCAAGCGGCAAAUUUUUUACGAGCUUUUAGAACUGUUCCAGAAGCUUCAGCAUUGGGUUUAAUAUUAAAUGAUCUUCAUCCUGAAGCUAAGAGAAAAGUCAGCUUAAUAAGAUUAAUUCAGAGUUGGAAUAGAUUUAUUUUACAUCAAAUGCAUUAUGAAUUGUUGGAAACAAAAAAACGACAACAGGAAAAAGAAGAGGAAACAAUGCGUUUAAAAAUGGAACCAAAACAUAAUGCAUUUGUUUAUAAUGAACAUGAUUUUCCGAGUAUUUUACAAGAUCUUGGUUCACGAUAUAUAAACAAUGAGGAAGAUAGAAGAAGAAGACGAAAACAAGAUGAGGAUGGUAAAUAUAUGUGGAUCACAUCGAAAGAUGAUAGUGGCAAGAAAUCAUCAGAUGAAAAUGAAAUCCGUGAAGAGGAAUCAGAAAUAAGUCGUGUUUUUGGUUCGGAACAAAUUCAUAUACAUCGUUGUUUAAAAUGUGGACAAGAAGCUUCAAAACAUUCCAUUAUGUUGCUGUGUAAUUUAACAUAUCCUGAGACAGCAAAUCCUACGGAAGAAGUACCAUUUUCAAAAGUUUUGGCUCGGAGUUUAAAACCUGAAAAAGUCACUCCGGCCUGGUGUGAUAAAUGUCAGAAAUUUAAUCCCACUUUACAAUUACGGCAUUUAACAAAAUUACCGCAAGUAUUAGCGUUAAAUUGCGGCUUGGAUACACAGCAGGAUAAAAAAUUUUGGCAAAAUCAAAUGGACAUUGUUGUUAAAAAAGUAUUGAAUGGUGUUGAAGGUAGCAGUCCAAUUUCAAGUCCAAUUCCAUCAAUUGCCAAACCAUGUCGUUAUGGAAUAAAUUGUUCUCGUACAGGUUGCCGAUUUAGGCAUGUCGGUCGACCUCCUGAAACAUCAUCACCAUCAUCAUCUUCUGCUUCUGUAUCAAGCCAUCUUUAUUGCACACAUUCCUGGAUACCUCAAAAUUUAGAGAUAACGUUAGAUGAAAAACGAAAUUUACACGUUACAAAGCUAGACAAUAGAUUAAAUAGUGAUUUAGAAGAUAAGUCAAAAAUAUCAAAAGAUGAUAAAAGUCAUAUGACAAUUCAGUUAGCAAUGGGUGAAACAAACGAUAAAGAAAACUCCGAUUCUCCAAAAGUUCAAAAAGUUAAUUACGAAUUAAGUGCAGUAAUUUGUUAUAUUAAUGAUAAAAAUAAUGAAGAUCGACGUAAUCUUGUUGCAUUAAUUCGUGUCGGAGAAAAUUAUCACGAAAGAUCAAAUGGAAAUUCUUCAUUUCAAUGGUACAUUUUUAAUGAUUUUUGUAUAUCAGCAGUUUCACCACAAGAAGCUGUGUGGUUUAAUCUCGAUUGGAAAGUUCCGUGCGUUCUUCAAUAUACAGCCAAAUCAUCCACUGAAUCUGCUCCUUUUAUAAGUCCACAAUGGACAUUUGAUGUUUUUGGUGAAGAUAAGUGCAUUGCCCGAAGUGGUGGAACAAGAGGAAUAACAUUUACUCCUCUUUCUGCCGAUGAAACACCCAAAAAAGGUGAUUUAGUGGGAAUUGACGCAGAAUUCGUUACUUUAAAUCAAGAAGAAGCUGAACUACGUAGUGAUGGUAAAAUUUCUCAAAUAAAACCAAGUCACAUGUCAGUGGCUCGAGUAACAUGCAUUCGAGGACAAGGUCCACUUGAAGGAACUCCAUUUAUUGAUGAUUAUAUAAGUACACAAGAACAAGUAGUUGAUUAUUUAACCAAAUUCAGUGGAAUUCAACCUGGCGAUUUAGAUGCAAAUUUUAGCAGUAAACAUCUCACUACGUUGAAGUCAACUUAUCAAAAGUUGCGAUUUCUUGUUGAUAAUGGCAUUAUAUUUGUUGGACAUGGACUUAAAAAUGAUUUUCGAGUUAUCAAUUUGGUAGUUCCACCUGAACAAGUUAUAGAUACUGUUUUAUUGUUUCAUUUACCACAUCAUAGAAUGGUAUCUCUUCGAUUUUUGACAUGGCAUUUUUUAGGUAAAAAAAUACAAUCGGAAACACAUGAUUCAGUAGAAGAUGCUCGAGCUGCACUUGAACUUUAUCAAAAAUAUAAACAAAUUGAAAUUCAAGGGAAUUUAUCGGAAUCUCUUAAAGAACUUUAUAGUGUUGGUACACAAUUGCAGUGGAAAGUUCCAGAUAGUUGAUGUCGAAAAAGAGUUACUGAAAAAAAUUCAGUAACAGUCGAUGAUUGUCGAUUACAAGAAAACUCCGUCUUAUUGUUAAAUAUUUAACAAAACAAACAAACAAAAAAAAAUGUAAGAGACAUUUCUUACUGGCCCAUGAAUUUUUUCAUAUUCUAAGAAUAUUCUAACAGUCUCAGACACAAUUUCUGUUCAAGUACAGAUUUUUAUUAUUCAAUGUGUCUAAUUCUUUUAGAUUUUCUUGGCAAAAUGUGUGCUGUGUAUGUGUUAAGUAUCAUUGUUUUUUAAUAUUAUUAUUAUUUUUUUUUUAAUAUAAGUUCAGAUAAAAUAGAAUUGAACGAUAGUGAUAAUGUUUUGUCAAAUGGGGUAAUUCUUUACGGGUAAUUCUGUCGACCUUAGUUUUAAAGAAUUUUUUUAAUUUGUUUAUCUUUUUUCUAUUAUUGUGAAAUCGCUAAUGAUAAUUUCUUAUAAAGGAAAAUUAAUAUCUUUAUUAAAGAAAUUAUUCAAAUCAGAAUCAGUAUAGUACAUUGUGAAUCGUUAAAAAGUAUAUCUUUUUAAUGAUUAUGAACUGAUGUAAUUUGUAUGAUAGGAAAUGAAUUUUACAGUAAUUUUUUUGUAUAUAUACAUUUUUUUCACUUUAACUUGAUCUAAUUGUAAUUUCUUGUUUUAAAUGAAAUUACUUAUUUAUAUUUACUUUAUAUCUAGAACUUAAAUGAAAAAAAAAUAACUACGAUUAAAAAUUAAAACAUUAAUUAAAGAAUUAACUGGUAAUUAAUUAUUUAAUCGGUGCUGAACACCUUAAGAUUUUUUUUUUAUUAUUUUUAUAAUGUAUUUACAGUUUAUAUACUACUUUUCUAUUGAAAUGAAGAUACACUUAAUACUUAAUUAAAUAUUACUUUUACUAUUUAUAUUCUUAAUUAAUGUUUGUUACGUAAUUAUUUAUAUAUGUAAUUUAAAUUGUAAAAAAAUAUUUUCAUGUGAUUAUACACAACAGAAAAGUCAUUAAAUUUUUAAUAUUUUUCUAGAGUCAAGAAUAUAAUUUAAAAAUAUUUAUUCUUUUUCACUGAGUAUAAAACAUUGAUUUUGUGAUAUAUUUUUUGUUUUUUUAACUUAAUUUUUGUCUUAAUAUUUCUUUUCUUUUUAUAAACGAAGAAUUAUAUAUAUAUAAUGUAUACUGAAAAUUCAGACGUGUUAACAAAAUAGAUAUAUAUACGUUGUCUAUAUUGUGGUAAAUGUAAAUUUAUUUUUUAUAAGAAUUUUUCAUGGAACUGAAAUUAUUGUUCGUUCAACAGAGACAUUUACAAAAUUUUUAAAAUUCUUUUAUUUUGAAGAAAACUAAGUAAAAAAAAAAAUAUAUAUAUUUUGAUACAUUAAAAAUACACCAAAUCAUUCUAUUACUUUUUAUUUUUCUUCAUACAUAAUGUUUUGAAAAAUUUUGAAAAUGAUUAUUCAUCAAAUUAGACUAUGUAAUCUAUAUAUUUUUUUAAUAGGUCAACAAAAUGAAUUAUUCUUAUGUAUCUUCGUCAAUGUAAAAUACAAAUAUUGUAAGGUCGACAAACAUUUUUGUAUUUUAUCGAAUUUUAUCAUUGCGAUUUCGCUUUUAAUAAACGAUUAAUGAAGAAAAAUUAGAAUUUAUUAUUU